CAAUUAUUUAUUCAUAUGUACACACCCUUGCAAAGUUGUAAUAUCUUUCUUGCCAUCCUCUUCACCUUCCAUGGCCAUCUCUGUCACAGCCGCCCUCUCUGCUAGAUCUCUCUUAUCAUCCACGGAGAGAAAGAGGAGCUCCAACAUCCAGCGCGACUGAAAAAUGGCAGCAGCUGCAUCGACUUGCAGUAUGAGAAAGAUGAGUAUAUUUGCAGUCAUGGUGCUCUCUGUUCUCGACCAUAGAACAUGCAUGGCCACAGCUUCAACAGGUUGGGAUGACCCAGAUUUCUUCCGAUACUGCCCACCGUCGCGGUGCAGCAAGGAUGGACCUGAGAUCCGGUUUCCGCUUCGGCUUGAGACCAGCAAUUCAUCGUCAUUGUGCGGCGCAACGUGCGCGAAGCUGGCUUGCUCCGGCCAAGACACCAUCCUACUUCACCCAUUUCUUGGCCCAUGCAAAGUGGCUGCCAUAGAUUACAGGCAUGGUGCCUUCAGCAUAGUCCCACUCGCGGACUCCUUGUCGCCAUGCCCACUUCAGAAGCUCAUCUCCAAAAAUCUAUCAGCUGAUGUCUAUUCCGACUGUGCAUUAAACAUGCACAUGCCCGGAAAAAUAAUAAGCUGUUCAAGGGAGUUUGUACCAAGCAGCGCUACUGAAGUUGAUAACGAUUACCUCGUAAAAAAUGCUGACGAUUUUAUUGUUGGCCCAAUCUCUUGCUUUAGCAACCAAAGCCAGUUCAUGUAUUUGGUGAGUGCUCGUACAUACAUGUAUGUGCUUCCAGUGGACUGCAAGGUCGUCUCAAAUGUUCCAAUACCAUUUGGAUCCCUGGAUGCAACAUUCAAGCAAAUAUCGGAAAGGAUUAUCAGUUCUGCUGAAAUAACUAUUAGUUGGAUUGACUCAGACAAAUUGCUCCAUUGCACAAGAUGUGAACUCGGAGGGCGAAGUUGCGCAUUCAGCUCGCAAAGGAAUCAAACAUUCUGCAUACGUCACAAACCUCAUGGUUUGCAUGUCAAAAUCAUUGCAGCUAUAUCAUCGGUAGCCACAUUUGUUGCUCUUCUGUUGAUAUUGGUCACUGCACUGUAUCAUUCAGUGAAGAUAAAAUAUAACGAAGAGAUACAUUUGAAGGUUGAAAUGUUUCUCAAGACAUAUGGCACAUCCAAACCCAAAAGGUACACUUUCCCUGAAGUUAAGAAGAUGACAAGACGGUUUAAGGAUAAAGUAGGACAUGGCGGAUUUGGAAGUGUGUACAAAGGCGAGCUACCAAAUGGACUUCCUGUGGCAGUCAAGCUGCUAGAAAACUCUACAGGAGAGGGACAAGAAUUCAUCAAUGAAAUUGCAACCAUCGGAUUGAUCCACCAUGCAAAUAUUGUCCGCCUCCUAGGAUUUUGUUCGGAAGGGACGAGACGCGCUGUUAUUUAUGAAUAUAUGCCUAACGAGUCACUGGAGAAACACAUAUUCUCGCAUGACUCAGAUAUUUCUCAACAACCCCUAGUACCUGACAAAAUGCUAGACAUUGCUUUAGGCAUCGCCCGAGGAAUGGAGUACCUACAUCAAGGAUGCAACCAGUGCAUUCUCCACUUUGACAUCAAGCCACACAACAUCUUGCUGGACUACAACUUAUCUCCGAAGAUUUCAGACUUUGGUCUUGCAAAGCUGUGUUCAAGGGACCAGAGCAUCAUUAUGUUGACAGCAGCAAGAGGCACUAUGGGCUACAUUGCACCAGAGAUUUAUUCUAGGAACUUUGGGGGUGUAUCCUACAAAUCAGAUGUUUACAGUUUUGGCAUGCUGGUGUUAGAAAUGGUGAGCGGAAGGAGGAACUCAGACCCAAGUACUGAGAGCCAGGACGAGGUAUACCUCCCAGAGUGGAUCUACGAGAAAGUAAUCAGUGGGGAAGAAUUGGUGCUUCCUUCGGAAAUGACAUCACAAGAGAAAGACAAGGUGAAACAGAUGGCUAUUGUGGCACUAUGGUGUAUUCAGUGGAACCCCCAAAACCGUCCAUCAAUGACAAAGGUGGUAAACAUGUUAACAGGCAGGUUGCAGAAUCUGCAGAUCCCCCCUAAGCCCUUUGUCUCAUCUGAACAUCGCCCCAUGCCAUAAAACAUCAAGUACAAAUCACCAUGCUGUACUACAAUUUUACGUGUUGCAUGGUAAUGUCGUAGCAUGCAGAAUGCUCAAUUGCUUAGUGAACUACUGGGGCACCUGAUCUAGCUUAUAAUCCAUCCUCAUGUAAUGCUAUUAAUUAGAAAAAUAUGAUACUGGAUUUGCAAUGUAAUAUAAUAGUUGAAAGGUGAGAACAUGUCAAAGUACCUUA